UCGCGGCAACCAAGCUUCGACUAAACUUUGAAACAGAAUGAAGCUACAAUAUUUGUCAUUACUAGUAUUAGUGGCUGUUUUUACGGCAACAAAUUGUUCCACUUACUUACCAGAAAGACUUUUGGGAGAUAUCACAUCACCAGUAAACUUCGAUGAUGCCAAUUUAAACGAAACUGAAGUAGUGUUCGAUGCAUACAAAGUAUUAGACCGCGGAACGAACAAAAACGGCAUAAAGGGCUCGCAUUUCGACAUAUACCCCACUAGAUUCUUCAUACACGGGUACAGCCAAAACGGUCAAAGCUAUUGGGUACUAACGGCAAGAAAUGCUUACUUAGAAAAAAAAGUUCCUCACAAUGUUGUUAUUGUAGAUUGGGCAAAAGGUGCUGCCAACUUCGAGAAAGCUGCGGCGAAUACAAAAAAACUUGGAGAACUGAUUGGAAAGUAUAUUAUCGACAAUGAAAUUGAGCUAGAAGAUUUACAACUUGUUGGAUUUGAUAUAGGCGCCCACGCUGCAGGGCAGGCAGGAAAAUAUAUUGCUAAUUUAACUGGUCAUUAUGUAAGUAGAAUAACUGGUCUUGACCCAGCUGCUCCUAAAUUUGAAUUGGAUUCUGUGCCACCAGAAAACAAAUUACAAAAAACUGAUGCUAUUUUCGUAGAUGUUAUACAUACAAACGUUCAAAAGUUGGGAUAUAAGGUUCCGAUUGGGCACGUAGAUUGGUACGUUAACGGUGGAAAUGAACAACCGGGAUGUCCUACCUUAAUGAUGCCAGAAACAGAUGUGUGCAGUCACUUACGUGUCUGCGACCUAUAUGUUGAAUCAAUCAAUUACCAGGCAACUUCCUACGAAUGUACGGUAACCAUCGAGAAUGGGACAUCUACAGUAACCAAAGUGCCGUCUGGAAGACACAUAGUAUUUGGAGAAAAAGUGAAAUUAUCUGAAAGAGGAAGUUACACAAUAGAUACCAAUAGCGUUCCUAAGUAUUUGCCACGUUAUACUGUUAUGAGAGCUGAAUAUCAUAAAACUUGGUCUUUUUAACCUUUUAUGGAAGUAGAAGUAAAUAAACAUGAAGGUUAGUUUUAACCUUAGAGUAUGGAAAAUUUUUUACCCUUUUUCCAAGAAAAAAUUUUCCAUGCUCUAAGGUUUUAACCCUUCAACCUUUUUGUUUACCAUUUAGCUGUCACGUGCGUCAUAUCUAAUACGUAUUUUUUAAGAUUAUUUUAUAAAAAUUCUUAUAAUGUACAAAUAAUAUUUUAUUAAAUUAUUAUGCAUUUAGAAUUUUG